CUCGUCUUCUUCCUGGAGGGGAAAGAGGGAGCGCUUUCUUCUCCCACAGGUCACCGUGCGACUCAUUUCUUGCCACAGAAGCCUCCUCAAACUUUCUCCUCCUCUACUUCCAUACGAUCAAUUAAAGCAAAAGCGUGCAUAAUCUCUCUCCUUUCCCUCCUCGAUUUCUUCGCGGAGUUUUCUCUCCUCCAUAGACAUAGACACAAGCUAAUUCGUCUUCCUAACCGACUCCUUUUUUUUCUUCUCAACCUUUGCGCUUCGGCUUCCAAAUCCACCCAAGUAUCUUGCCUUUUGGUGUGAUUGAUUUCACCAUCUUGGUCAAAGGAUCCCGCGGAAGAGUUCAUAAAGGCGUCGCCUUGUUUCUUUGCAGCAUCAGGCGUGUGGAUUUUUGAGCUGGGAUUUGUUCCCGAAGACUUGCGGUCUGUGAUUGCCUUUUGCGGAUUUUGUGUUGGGUCGAUUAGGGUUUGCCCGUCGGAGGAGUUGGGAAGAUGAGUUCCAGGUCUAGUAUUUCGACGGAGGAAUUCGUCCCCGGGAGGAAGCUGCUGGUUCAUAUUGCUGAGAAUGGUCAUAGCUACGAGUUUGAAUGCGAUGGCUCAACCCCUGUGGAGGCGAUCCAAAGGUCGAUCGAGUCGCUCUGUGGAGUGCAUAUCGGCGAUCAGCUCCUCCUCUGCAGGAACACUUCGUUGGACUCUCAGAAUACAUUAGCCCACUAUAAGCUUCCACAGGAUGACAGUGAAGUUUUCGUUUACAAUAAAUCCAGACUCCUUGCCGACUCUCCCCUUCCACCAUCUGAAACAAUCGAUAUACCCAAUGCCGCAGUCCCAGCUCCUCCUUCACCGUCUCAAAGCCCUCACCCCUUGGACGACGCAUCGGAUCCUGCUUUAAAGGCUUUGGGCUCCUACGAGCGUCAAUUUCGUUUCCACUUCCAGUUCGCAAAUGUCAUAUAUGGAUCCACACGAUCGAAAUUCGAGGUCUGCAAGCGGCUGUUGAGGGAGAUGCAGGUUCAGGAGAGAGCUUUAGAGACUGCUCAGGGAAAUCUGGGCCAUACUUUCAGGAAAUUACAGCAAAGAUACACUGAUUUCAUCAAAUGCUUCAAUCAGCAGCAUCGGUAUCACUCUGAACUCCUGAAAAAUUUUGAGAGGGAUGUGGAAAGGUUGAGGUCAGUCAAGCUCCAUCCUUUGCUUCAAAAUGAUUCGAGGAAAUGUUUGCUAGAUCUUGUGAAGGAGAAUGAUCUGCGGAAAUGGGCAGAUAAUUGCUUCAAUUCACAUAAGCAGUUUGAAGUUAAAGUUUCUCAGUUGAAGCAGAACUUUGGAGAACUUAGUAGAAGGGUGGAUGGUGUGUUUCAUGAUAUGGAUUCUACUGGAAUUAAGGAGUUGGAACUGAUGAUGAAAGAUCAUCAAAUAUUUCUCAAUGAUCAGAAAAGUAUAUUGCAGUCAUUAAGCAAAGAUGUCGGCACCGUUAAAAGGCUCGUGGAUGAUUGCAUAAACUAUCAAUCAUCGAAACCUCUUCGUCCUCACGAUGCUAUUUCAGGCCUCGGCUCCAUGUAUGAAGUUCAUGAAAAAAAUCAUCUUCCCAACGUGCAGAACUGCGAUCACACCAUUGCAAAGUUGCUCGCUAACUCGACGGCGAAGAAAAAUGAGACGAAUAUGGCAGUACAUUUCUGCAUGCAGAAAGUAAAGUCCUCUCAGUUAAGCAUCAAAGACACCAUGAAUGAGCUCCAUGCUUUUCAGGAGGUGAUGGGGCACAAGGAAAAGGAAUUUGAUGAUUUAAUGCUCGUUAAUGGAAUCAGCCAUGCUUACCGUGCUUGUCUUGCAGAGGUGGUGAGGAGAAAGUCAUAUUCGAAGCUCUACAUGGGUCUAGCGGGUCAGUGUGCAGAAAAGUUAGCAGCUGAUAGGGAGACAGAGAUUCGAAGGCGCGAAGGUUUUUGUAAAGCUUGGAGUAAAUAUAUUCCACAUGAUAUCUUAGCUUCUUUGGGGCUGUUUGACUCACCCAGUCAGUGUAAUGUUAGCAUCUAUCCUUUCGAUACAAACCUCGUCAAUAUUGAUGUUGGCGAUAUUGAUCGCUACGCUCCUCCGGCGCUUAUAGGAGUUCAGCCUAGAUUCGAGACGAGUAAAUCGGGUCGGAGCGAUGGAGUGGCAUCAGCAGAUAACUCGAAUUUAACCACAUCUGAAGAAAAUGCUGUAGCUUCUUGUGAGAAGGUUGAUUUUCACGGCCUGAUCGAAGGCUGCCUUCCGGUAGAUAUAUCCGGAACGAGCAGGUUAGAAGUUGAAAAUGCACAACUAAAAGCUGACCUCGCCUCUGCCAUUGCCAUCAUCUGUUCUUCCAAUGCGGGAACCAGAUACGAAACCUUUGAUGAAGCGGAGUCCGAAAAUUUGCUCAAAACUAUCAAGGAUAAGACGGCUGAAGCUCUUCAUUCUAAGGAUGAGUACAUAAGGCACAUCCAGUCUUUGCUAAAUAUGAAGCAGGUUCAAUGCUCGACUUAUGAAAAACGUAUUCACGAGCUCGAGCAGAGAUUGGUGGAUCGAUAUAAUGCGGGACAGAAUAUUUCCACUAAUAAGAAGGCUUCCGAGUCUUUUAUUUCUGAGCUGAAAAUUGAUGGCUAUAGAGGUGAUAUUUUUGGAGAUGAAGAGGCUCCUCCCAUUGCUUUUGUUUCAACUGUAACAAUGGAGGAGGCUUCUUGUACAUCUGCUUCUGUUGAUCUCAGACUCGAUCUUAUAAGUAUGCAACCAGGUAAACUCGGUGAGGGGGGUGACGAAAACAUGGUUGAUUUGUUGGGUAUGGUAACUACGAGCUCGUUAGAUCCUUCGCAUAAGGUUAUUGAUGCAUCAAUGUUAGAGCCGUCUCAUGAUGAUCAUGAAGCUGGAGAUGAUGAUGAAGAGAGUGUUGUUCGUGCAGAAAAAGAUAAAGUUGGUGAAACAGAGACAGGAUCGAGCGAAGAGGCACAACAGAUGAGGUUGACCUCAAAUAGUUCUGAUGUUGGCACGAGGCUUUGUGGCAUUUUCAGCUGUGGAAUUGCGGCUAACCCCAGUUUGGAGUCAAAAAUAAUUGAUAAUGUUGUGUUGGACCUUCAGAGCACCGUUGCGGAGAGGUCGAGACAGUUUGAUAUGUCUGAAAAUAAGGUCAAAGCCGCUUUGGAGGAGAUAUGUUCUCUCAAAAGGGAGCUGGAGAUUAGACGGAAUCUUCUUGAUGAAUCACAGAUGAAUUGUGCUCACUUAGAGAACUGCCUACAUGAAGCAAGAGAAGAGGCUCGUACUAAUCUCUGUGCUGCUGAAAGAAGAGCAUCAGAAUAUAAUGCUUUGCGGGCGACUGCUGUGAAGAUGCAUGGUUUAUUCGAAAGGUUUCGUAACUGCGUCACUGCAUUGGACGGAUCGGUUAAUUUUUCAGACUCAUUGCGCUCUUUCGCUCUUUCUUUGGGAAGCGGGUCUGCUGAUGAUGAAGAUGAUGUCUCUGCCAACUUUCGAGCAUGCAUCAUCGUCAUUGCAGAUAAAGUGAGCGUUCUUAACCGACGAAUCGAGCAACUCAGUAAGCAAAUGGAGGAUCAAAGAGAAUUGAUUAAAACCUUGUACAGAAAACAUCAGCUUGAAAAACAGGCAAGCAAGGAGAAGAUAUCUUUUCUCCGCAUGGAGGUUCAUGAGCUCGCCGCUUUCGUUCUAAACCCCGCCGGAAAUUAUGAAGCAAUGAAUCGAAACUGCCCGAACUAUUUCCUCUCGUCCGAAUCUGUCGCCCUCUUCACCGAACAUUCGAGCCGACCGGCGUACAUAAUUGGCCAAAUCGUCCACAUCGAGAAGCAGAUCGCGAGGCCGCAGCCUUCUUCAUCUCAAGCCAGCCAAGAUGAGGAAGGGGAGACCAUAUGUUCUUCAAAAUCUGGUAAAAAUACUUGUAACCCUUAUGGACUUGCUGUUGGGUCUGAAUAUUUUAUAGUAACAGUGGCUAUGCUACCUGAUACCAUUCAUUCUACUACUAUUGCUACUACUACCGCUACUUCCUGAUCCUGCCUGUGCCUGAAAUGAGGGAAGAGAAAAUAACUGUAAAUAUAUAAAUAGACUUUUUGGGUUAGGCUUUUCUGUAAAUAUUAAGCCUUUUAUGUAAAUAAUUCCAACCUUCUGAUCUGAUGCAAUAUAUAUAAGCCUCGUGAAGAUUUGC